UUGCGUAUGAGAGGAGGCCUGUGCUCAGCAGUGGGACGUAUAUAGGCUUAAUUAUUAAUUAAAAUAGACGUUCUUCUCAAGCCACCAGCCGAUAAAGCUGUGUUAUAGAAGGGCCUAGGAUCCUCUGUCUGUAUCGAACCACUCGAUGAAAGCAGAUGGAAGUAACCUGAACGUGGAUGCACAUAAAUGCAGUUAUAACCCGAAGCCAUAAAAUAGCGUUAGAGAGUUUAUUAGAUGACGCUAUAAUGUCGUUGAACUGGUUUUAUAGAGCGUGUGAACGUGAACAGAACUAAACGUUAAAUAUUGUCAUUAAGAAAUGUUGCAGGUCUUUAUUAUGUCAUCCCAUAGUGACGGAGUAAUCAUUAAUUAAAAAGAAGAACAUUCAAAUUGUUACAACAAUUUUUGCAAGUUACUUAUGUUAAAUCUCAAGAAAUUUCAGCCUUGCAUUGGUGUGUUGGCGAUUUCUCGGAAACCAUUUCACUUUCUUCAUAAACAUUUUAUUACAUUCGAUCGAUACAUACAAGAUGAAUUUUAUAUUUCGUGCUUAUAAGAUUAUCUUUUUUUCACGCUUCUCAAGUUUUCAGUUAAGAGGUGGCUUAGAAAGUGUUUUGUCAAGUCCCAAGGUUUAGACGGUUCACCCAUGUGAAGUGUUGCAGAUAAAUAUAUUUACUACAUGUUCACAAUUAAACUACCGCAAUACAUAUAACCUAAUUAACAUGCAACCGGUUUUGCGUAAAAUUCUAAGUUAAUAUUGCACAAAUUUGUUGAACCAACGGUGUCGGCCAAAUUCAUGUAAGUUACGCAAACCGUUUCACGGAUUCUCUCCUUACUUUCGUUAUUACGACACAUUAGGUAAAUUUCUAUUGUACCAUCUUCCAUAUUGUUAACUGAUUUUUCGUAAACCUUAUUGCAACGACAUAGGGUUCAACGAUGGUUCGUUAAGAGUGCUGCUUUUAGUAUGAGACCAUAAAAUGGCAGUUUGAAUAAUCACGUUAUUUAGUUACAUCACUUGGGGGCUUCAAAUUAUAAGUAGCUUGAAGUUUGCCAAGUAUGUAUAAUGAGAACACACAACGACAAAAUAAAUGUACCUAGUCACGGAGCACGAGACUACAUAUUUGAGACCGUAGGUAGGAUAUGUAUUUUAUAGGUUUAUAUUAAUACUUAGUUUCUGAGUUGGAAUAUUGUUUUAGGAUGACUGCUAUAGUUAUUGGCUAUUCUUUAAACUUCUAUUCCCUUGUUUCUUUCUGCCUCACUAGGGAGUGGUCAAUUACUAUGCUGUACUGUAUGGAUGGAGCGGCCAAUAAAUAUAGCAGUCAUCCUAUUAUCGCAAAAGUUGGGACCAAAGUUUUAUACCUAUCUAAAAAUCUAUGUUCCAAACAAUCUUAUCAACAGAGCCCCGCGCGAUGAUAAUUGAAUUAUAAAAUAGAAUUUUCACAUAGCGCAAUCAAAAUGCCAUCUUGUCGGUUAUCAUGCUUCGAUCUUGUACAGCAAAAUAUAUCAUCAGAGAUAGCCGAGAUGCAAGUUUUGAUAUUGCAUGUCAUAGCUUUGAUGUUAGAUUAAUUGCUCCAGAGUCUCUUUCAAUCACGGAAAACGGCCGGAGGAAGUUAUCAAGAAAGAUAAUAAAUCUCACGAUCGCUUGAAUUAUCUUCGUACUAUGUAGAAAGUACAGUUAUGAGUAAUUGCUGAAGUAAUUGCAAGUAUUAAAAUUUAGUGUACUGAAGUAGUAAAAUUUGUCUAAUGAAUAUGUAUUUCAAUUUCGCCGCAAAAUUAGUUUAAUGCAUGCUUAUAAGUAUGACAAUACAUGCAUUUUAUUAAUAACUGUGGCCUCUACGUUUUAUUAGCGACCUUCACCUAAAUAAAGAGUAAUGUCAACCGCAACAUACUAGUUUACGUCUUGCAACAAAACUGACAGUUUAAACGUUAUUACCUUUUUUCUGUGUACUGUACCCCUAGUGUAAAUAAAUUCGAUUUCGAAACGUGACGUACGCGUUUGCGUUUAGUCUCAUUUUGUAUGUGAUUUAGAAAGAGCGCGCCAAGCGGGACGUUUUGGAAACUCAAAAUCCUAUACAUAAUGAGACUUAACGCAAACGCGUUCGUCACGUUAUGAUGUCGAUCAAAUUUACACUAGGGGUACUGGAUAAGGAUCCGGACCGAAUUUUUAGUAAGUUUUUGCAUUUUUUCGAGCACAACUUUUUUUCUGCUCUACAGCAGAACCGAGGUCACCUAGAACCCACGAUUUUUGACAACCAGCUUUAUCCGAUUUGACCAUACAAGUGAUACAAGAAAGUGCUCUUAAGAGGAAAGGGGACGGCCGCUUCUACAAACAAACGUAGUCCCCAUUUUCCUCUCUGGAUAUAGACAUUAUGAAAAAUAUUUUUACAUAAUUUGAUGUAUUAACCACCAGCUAUGCCCCUACGUUUGACUUUUUUAGAUUAUUGUAAAAAUUAUGAGCGGAAAAACAUAUUUCAUACAUAUAUUUGUGCUCCUAACUUUUAUAAGGGGCAUAGCUGUGUUUCAUAUACAACAAAUUGUAUCAAAAUAUUUUUAAUAAUGUUAACAUCCAGACAGGAAAACGUUACUACGUUUGUAUGAAAAGGCGAUUUUACGGGGGUCCUCGACUUUCGUCUUAAAACUGCUUGCUUACAACAUUCUGCAGAAUGGCUACAACUUUGUUAGUAGGUACAAGAACAGCAGUACAUGAACAAAAUACAUAUCUAAAAAUAUUAUAGGAUAAAUAAAUAUUAUAGGACAUUAUUACACAAAUUGACUAAAGUCCCACAGUAAGCUCAAUAUUAAGGCUUGUGUUGAGGGUACUUAGACAACGAUAUAUAUAAUAUACCAAUAUUUAUAAAUACUUAAAUACAUAGAAAACACCCAUGAGUCAGGAACAAAUAUCCAUGCUCAUCACACGAAUAAAUGCCCUUACCAGGAUUUGAACCCGGGACCAUCAGCUUCGUAGGCAGGGUCACUACCCACUAGGCCAAACCGGCCGUCAAAAUAUGUAAAAAGCAAUAAUAUUAACCUAUUUAAAUAUCGACGCAUUGACAUCUGUUUUCAGUUUCAACGUAGUGCUGUUCGCAAGGUGUUCUCGGGCCUGUUAGCGUAUCCAAAUACUAUAUUUGUGUUUUUCAUUUUCCAACGCGUGUAUACAUAGUUUGCGUGGCAUGUGCUCGAAAACUGAAGGCGUAUUCCCAUGGAAGAGCAGCUCAUCUUCCAAAACCAAUACCUCCCCAACAUCUACCCCGAGCUGGCGUCUCUUCGGCAGCCGCUCCAGCGGGAACCUACCGCGGGAGCCAGCGCCAGCGCCGCCAGCGCCCGCUACCCCGCAUCAUCAUCGCCGGCAGGGGAGCUCGGCCAGCGACAAGCAGUUUGAGGACCUCGUGGCUAGCUCUAUAGCACUUAUACAGCAUGAUAGGCCGUCAAACCUGCCCGCGAAGACAACAGAAGAGGCGCUUAGACAUAAGGCGGAGCACGCGCGGAUACUGGAAGCGGCGCGGCGGCGCGUGGAGCGAGAGUCGGCGGCAAGGCUCGCGCGGCUGCAAGAGUCGCUGCGGCAGGAGGAGCGGCUGGCGCGGCAUGCGCGCGAGUGGCAGGCCAUCCUGCCCGACUGGCCCGCGCAAAAAAACGCAAAGCGCACCCAAGAGCUUUGGUGGAGCGGUCUCCCGCCGUCCAUCCGCGGCAAGGUCUGGCAACUCGCCAUCGAAAACAAACUCCAAAUCACACACCACCAUUACCGCGAGUUCGUCGAAAAGGCCAAACAACGAUUACACGAAGCACAGCUCAGGAGAAAACGGUUGAAGAUCCACCGAGAAUCAGAAUCAGAGAAAAAGACUGAAGAAAAGGAACGGUUAGGCUUACCAAGAAAUUUUAGCGAGCAGAAUUUGAAAUGUCACAGUGACACGACUCCUAAAUGCUGUUCGAAAUCUAAUCCAGACCUAAUAGAGAGAACUGAUGAGUGUUCAAUGGAGUUGAUAGAGCUUGAUAUUGCGCGGACUUUUCCACAGUUGUGUAUAUUUCAACCGGGAGGGCCGUAUUUUACGGUGUUACAUGAGCUGCUGGCGGCUUAUGUGUGCUAUCGUCCUGAUGUUGGUUAUGUACAGGGAAUGUCAUUUAUCGCGGCUGUGCUGAUCUUAAACAUGGAAGCACCGUGUGCCUUCGUGUGCUUCGCUAAUCUGCUGGAGCAACCGGUGCUGCGGGCAGCUUUUACUCGCGACGGCAACACUAUGCAGCGCUUCUGGCGAGCGUACACCCGCCUCCUCAAGCACAACCUGCCGUCGCUAGCGGACAUGCUGGCGCCGGAGCUGUACCUGCUGGAGUGGCUGUACACGGCGUUCGCCAAGGCCAUGCCGCUGGACGCCGCGUGCCGCGUGUGGGACGUGUUCCACCGCGACGGCGGCGCCUUCCUGUUCAACACGGCGCUAGGUACUGUAUACUAUACGUACACCCGCCUCCUCAAGCACAACCUGCCGUCGCUAGCGGACAUGCUGGCGCCGGAGCUGUACCUGCUGGAGUGGCUGUACACGGCGUUCGCCAAGGCCAUGCCGCUGGACGCCGCGUGCCGCGUGUGGGACGUGUUCCACCGCGACGGCGGCGCCUUCCUGUUCAACACGGCGCUAGGUACUGUAUACUAUACGUACACCCGCCUCCUCAAGCACAACCUGCCGUCGCUAGCGGACAUGCUGGCGCCGGAGCUGUACCUGCUGGAGUGGCUGUACACGGCGUUCGCCAAGGCCAUGCCGCUGGACGCCGCGUGCCGCGUGUGGGACGUGUUCCACCGCGACGGCGGCGCCUUCCUGUUCAACACGGCGCUAGGUACUGUAUACUAUACGUACACCCGCCUCCUCAAGCACAACCUGCCGUCGCUAGCGGACAUGCUGGCGCCGGAGCUGUACCUGCUGGAGUGGCUGUACACGGCGUUCGCCAAGGCCAUGCCGCUGGACGCCGCGUGCCGCGUGUGGGACGUGUUCCACCGCGACGGCGGCACCUUCCUGUUCAACACGGCGCUAGGUACUGUAUACUAUACGUACACCCGCCUCCUCAAGCACAACCUGCCGUCGCUAGCGGACAUGCUGGCGCCGGAGCUGUACCUGCUGGAGUGGCUGUACACGGCGUUCGCCAAGGCCAUGCCGCUGGACGCCGCGUGCCGCGUGUGGGACGUGUUCCACCGCGACGGCGGCGCCUUCCUGUUCAACACGGCGCUAGGUACUGUAUACUAUACGUACACCCGCCUCCUCAAGCACAACCUGCCGUCGCUAGCGGACAUGCUGGCGCCGGAGCUGUACCUGCUGGAGUGGCUGUACACGGCGUUCGCCAAGGCCAUGCCGCUGGACGCCGCGUGCCGCGUGUGGGACGUGUUCCACCGCGACGGCGGCGCCUUCCUGUUCAACACGGCGCUAGGUACUGUAUACUAUACGUACACCCGCCUCCUCAAGCACAACCUGCCGUCGCUAGCGGACAUGCUGGCGCCGGAGCUGUACCUGCUGGAGUGGCUGUACACGGCGUUCGCCAAGGCCAUGCCGCUGGACGCCGCGUGCCGCGUGUGGGACGUGUUCCACCGCGACGGCGGCGCCUUCCUGUUCAACACGGCGCUAGGUACUGUAUACUAUACGUACACCCGCCUCCUCAAGCACAACCUGCCGUCGCUAGCGGACAUGCUGGCGCCGGAGCUGUACCUGCUGGAGUGGCUGUACACGGCGUUCGCCAAGGCCAUGCCGCUGGACGCCGCGUGCCGCGUGUGGGACGUGUUCCACCGCGACGGCGGCGCCUUCCUGUUCAACACGGCGCUAGGUACUGUAUACUAUACGUACACCCGCCUCCUCAAGCACAACCUGCCGUCGCUAGCGGACAUGCUGGCGCCGGAGCUGUACCUGCUGGAGUGGCUGUACACGGCGUUCGCCAAGGCCAUGCCGCUGGACGCCGCGUGCCGCGUGUGGGACGUGUUCCACCGCGACGGCGGCGCCUUCCUGUUCAACACGGCGCUAGGUACUGUAUACUAUACGUACACCCGCCUCCUCAAGCACAACCUGCCGUCGCUAGCGGACAUGCUGGCGCCGGAGCUGUACCUGCUGGAGUGGCUGUACACGGCGUUCGCCAAGGCCAUGCCGCUGGACGCCGCGUGCCGCGUGUGGGACGUGUUCCACCGCGACGGCGGCGCCUUCCUGUUCAACACGGCGCUAGGUACUGUAUACUAUACGUACACCCGCCUCCUCAAGCACAACCUGCCGUCGCUAGCGGACAUGCUGGCGCCGGAGCUGUACCUGCUGGAGUGGCUGUACACGGCGUUCGCCAAGGCCAUGCCGCUGGACGCCGCGUGCCGCGUGUGGGACGUGUUCCACCGCGACGGCGGCGCCUUCCUGUUCAACACGGCGCUAGGUACUGUAUACUAUACGUACACCCGCCUCCUCAAGCACAACCUGCCGUCGCUAGCGGACAUGCUGGCGCCGGAGCUGUACCUGCUGGAGUGGCUGUACACGGCGUUCGCCAAGGCCAUGCCGCUGGACGCCGCGUGCCGCGUGUGGGACGUGUUCCACCGCGACGGCGGCGCCUUCCUGUUCAACACGGCGCUAGGAAUCCUUCACUUAUACCAAGACGAGCUCCGCGACAUGGACUUCAUCUCGGCCGCGCAGUUCCUCACCAAGCUGCCCGACGACCUCGACUCCGAAGCCUUGUUCCGGAGCAUCGGCUCCGUCAGCAUGGCGCUGGACGGCAUGACGUUUGACGAGCUGGUGCUGAGCGAGCAGUGUGAAGAUGACGACGUGAGGUUAUGAUGACGAGUCGCUGAGCUGCUUGAGGCGUUUGUAGCUAAGGUCGGUUUAUAGUGACCUUAUAGUCUCAUUCUGCAGAGUUCUUUUGAAAUAAGCCGUUAAAUAUUGCUAUGAAAGUCAAACUUCUCUGGACUUGCAGGCGUACAUAGGCUACGGAAACUGCUUACCAUCAGGUGAGCCGUAUGCUUGUUUGCCACCGACGUAGUAUUAAAAAAAAAAACGUUUUUCAAGAGAUACUCUCUAAGGCGGGAUAAACCUAUUGUUGCUGCUUUAGACAUCGUUCAAGGUCAUCUAUUGCCACUCCUCGAGCGUUGUAACAGUGUGUAAUUUAUGCGUAUAUAAGUUACUUUUAUUAACGUACAGUUUGAGCCGUUUGUUUGCAGCCUUAUAACCUUACAGUCCAUACAGAUAACUGAUGACUUAGGCCUUCAGCACACGGAGUGUAAGUGUAACAGAAUCGUAUCGUGAUACGAGCGUAGAACGAGAACGCUACGAGCACGAACAACUUCAAACAAAUCCGCACACACGAAGCAUAGCGUACGUAGCGUAAUACAGGCGUAAAAAACAAAACUGACAUAAUCAACAGUAAGUAAGAUCGUCUGUAUCGACUGUACCGUCGAAGACAUCUGACGCCAGCGACGCUGAUUUCAACUAAUGAGAUUUCAUUUAUAAAACGAUUACGCGACGCUUGGUGCUCAGAAGUCUAGUAAAAACCCCCUAGUUUGACAGAAACAGAUGGUGUUGCUCAGUGCCAUAUGUUUUAUGGUCAGCUAAUUCAGUGGAAUACGUCGAAUUGAAUAUUAGUUUCUUCGCUUUAUCAGAAUUAUUCAAAAAUAGCGUCACGUGACUGAUAUUUCUGACUCCGAUGGCCACUGUUCAAACUUGAGAAGCUGAUAAGAGUUUCGACGAUGUUGUACUGUUUGUAUUAAAUACAUAUUUUUGGCACUUGGUCCGUGUCGAUAUUUAACCUUUUGACCGCCAAAGACGUCAUAUGACGCGCGCGGCUACAGCCCAAUAUCAACCUUCAUGCGUACCGACAAGGUCCACGAUUACGCGCCGCAUGCGAUAGGCGUGACGUUCAAAAGGUUUAUAAUUUGGCUGUAGUAUCCUUAUAUAUGCCUUCAGCGAAACGUUGGACGAUGCUGUUGAGCAACACUUCUGUCAUAUAGCGACGCCAAAACACGAGUUUUCUGAAGAGUAAUUCGACUAAAAGUACAACGCUGCCCGAUCCUGCACAGUAACCAUUCUGUUACAUUAUAAGUUUAAAAAAAAACCUCAAAAAAUUGAAUAUUUUUUGUAAUGUAGGUAACAGGAUUCUUAUGCGGGGCGAGGCAGAUUGAUACUUACAAGUAAAUAAAAUUAUUAUAACACUCGUUGGUCAAAGGUGGCAACGAAUAAUGUAUGAAAGUUGUUAUAAAUUUGUCUAAAAAUAUAAGAUAUAUUCCUAACAUAUGAUACUCUAAAUGGUAAUAAUACUUGGAAUCUCAGAAUUUACUAUGAAAUUAUUCCCAGAAUUAUGAAUCAAGAAGAAACACUUUUAUGCCCAUCCUUGGUGCGCUAAAAUUUUCUUAUAAAUUUUAUAUCAGUUUUGUAAAUAUAAUUUAUUUAUAACUUGUAUUAUUCAUAAGUAUCACUUGUUUUAUAACGGCCAUCCAUCCAUCCAUGCACUAUGAACUGUACAUUUCCGUUUAUUUCUACGGAAUAGACAUUGAAUUAUUAAAAUUAAAUGUGACGUUAUAAAGAAAAAGGUACCUUAGAUGGAUGUCGAUAAAGGCGAUUUCAAAUAGAAUCCUUUUCCUUGAAACUGGCACACCUAGGUUUUUUGAUAAUCGCGUAGAACGCAUAUUAUAGAAUUUGGAUUCGGACGCAUUUCUUUUAAAUAAUCAUUUAAAAUUAAUGAUAAACUAUGUAGAUUUCUGAUGCCGUUGCACUGUAAAUAUCAUGUAAAUAAAUCACUUGUUAAUGUAGUACUAUUUACAAACUAAGCCUUAAUCAUGAGCGAAAAUAUAAACAUAUGAAACAUAUCAUAUUCUCUAGAAAAUACGAGAACGAUAAUCAUUCAUGUACCUGCCGAUAAGAAAAUGUAUAUAGAAAGUAAGAUUAUAUAUAGUUGUUCUUAUAAUUGCGUACGUUAAGGUUAUUUUUAUUUAUUAGAUCCUUGUACAGUCAGCAUCAAAAGUAGCGGAUUUAAUAACGCUUCAUAAGCAUCAUAAUCAUUCUGGAACAGCUUAACAAAAAGUGAUGUCUUUAAUAUAGAACAACUAAGACUGUAAAAGAUAUAUUUUUGAACGCGCAUUUUAGAAAAUUAUCAACAUUUGGAAAAGUUAUACGGAAUAUCAGAUACUUUUGGCGCGUUGUUUCAUCCGCUACUUUUGAUGCUGACUGUACAGUAUAUUUCACACAGAACCUUGCUAGCGUAAAUCAUAUUUUUCACAAUAUCCUCCAAAUUUUCCUUCUGGAUUUUACGUCUCUUAAAAAACGUUAAACUAAAGAACAUUUUGCGAGUCCUUUAUUCGCCGUAACUAAAUAAUAUAAUAAGCUCGUUUCUUUCAAAAGCUCACAUAUUGUAAUGGCGGAAACACACUGGGAAGUAACUGACAUUGUUUCCAUGUGGCAAACGACCCAGUGCCUACUUUAACAUAAAUUAGGGUGAUUUUGUGUAUAUAUACCCUAACUCUUGAACUUGUAUAAAAUCGAAGCUAGUAACUAUAUUUCAUGUAAAUAUAUUCGAUACGUCAAUUAUUGUAUUAACUAUAUAACUAUUGUAAUAAGUAAACGGACAUCGAGUAGUAGGACCGGCCUAAUGAUUAGUAGAACUUCGAAUGUUUCGAAAUGCUCUUGAAUUACUAUUUAUUGUGUAUAUAAUUAUUCUAUAUCGUAUUUAUCUACAUUAUUAUUUAUUAUGUAUAUAAUUAUUAUACAUCGUAAUUAUUCAUAGUCAUCGAUGAGGGUGUUUAUGAGGGUUAUAUUGUAUUUUUUUUUGUAAAAUUACUGCUACAUAUUUUUACUUAGCCAAGUCUUAAUGCCUGGGCCACCAACAACGCUCUGAACAUCUUCGCUAAUUGCUCCAAAUAAGUAAUCAAUAUCGUUGCGAAUUUCGAUUUAAGUGGUCUUCACAAAGAACUUCGUACAUUGAUUUUUUACGCUGUAAGCGUCAGUAUGGAGUAAAUUCGCUGAAGCGAUUUUUACGUAGCUAUGAGGGCUGAUUAUCGCUGUAGGUUACCUUCAUUGUAGUUUGAAAAUUUACGUAUUUAAAUAAAGUUAAUACGAAUUAGCUGAAAUGAUUCAGGUUACUUUGUUUUUGCCUUUUUUAAAUAUGUAUACGGGCAAACUAUCGGUGGUAAAUUUUAUUGUGUACUUUUUAUAAUUAUAGACACAUAAGUUCAGCUUUAAUUCGUUUCUAGUGUUAAUUCUUGCCAACGCUGUACUAUAGACACCUAAUGUUGGCUCAAAACAUAAAAUAUUUAUCAAUGUUAAAAUGGAUACCUACUAGGAUUUUAUAAGCUAGAAAGAUCAAAUUUUCAGCAUUUUAUUGGAAAACAAAUCUAAGUGUAUUAAUUUACAUAAAACGGGUCACUAACUGACCUAACCUAACUGCAUCUUUUUAGGUUCUUAAACAUUAUAAUAAUGUUUAUGGAGCGUCGAGUUAUUAUUACUACAGAGAAGUCAUACCAAACAAUGAAAUUGUCGCAAUUGCAAUCUGUACCACGCGACCGAAACGUCGUAAGCGCCUUUAAAUUUAUGGCGCUUACGCGUUAAGGUCGCGAAGUUCACGCGAGUUCUACGGUUUGUUGUCAAAACAACAACUCAUGGCGCAAAAUACUGGUUCUCUGUGCCGGUUCUAUAUAUAGUAAUAAUAGUUCAAUGUUGUGGAGUUAUACAUUCAAAACAUUGAUUAACUUUAAAAACAUUGUAUUCAGCUAAACUGUUGGAAUAUUAACUUCAUGCUCAGUACUGGUAAAAUCUAUUAAUUUAUCCAACACAGUGGGUAUUUUUAGUAACUUAUAAUAAUACAUUUUAAGAUAAGUUAGGCAUGCUAUAUACGAAAUGUGUAGAUUUUUUUUUAUACGAGGUGUAACAAAAAUAGUGGGGAUUCGUUAAAAAAGAAAAUAUUGUUUGACGCGAAAAUUGUCUGGCCUUUGCAUGCAGGGUCGGCCGGCUCGGACCGAAAAAAAUUGUCGCUACAAAAAUAUUUUUCCUCUACUUAUUCCUAAUCGGCACACGAUUAUUGUCAUAUUAUUAAACGGAUCCCCACUAUUUUUGUUACACCCUGUAUUUUAUUGACAUGUCUAUUGUCAACUCUAAUCCAAGGGAAUAAAGUCGAAAUUCGAUGAACGCAUCUCUUGGAUAUUUCUACACUUGUGAUGUGGACUGAUAUUAUAUUGUAUGUAAUGUAUUGUAUAUGAACGCCAUCUCAAGUAACUUUAGUUAGUCUUACUUCAUUGUAAAUAUAUUUUAGCCAUAAUAAAUUUGGCCCCAAAUAAGUGCUGUUUGUAAUGAGUGUAUUUUUAUUGUAAAAUAAAUUACAUAUGCGAUUUGAUAA